CAAAGCAAACCAACGCCAGACUCGAUCGGUAUCUUUUUCCCACCAUUUGAAGAAGCCAUGGAAAGAUUUGGGUUCAAGGAAGCAAGGAUGUCAAUGCUACUAAUUAGGAGGAUACCGAAGCAAGUUGAGCGCUCCAUGAGCAAGUUGGCCGCCAAAAAUCAAACGGCUGAUAAACAAAAGGAUACAUGCAGGGCACCGAAGCAAGUAGAGCGAUGCAUGAGCGAGCUGGCCCAAAAAAUUCCGACAUCUGAGAAACACAAGGAACACUACUCUACCAAGGGUGGCCACACCGGCGGUCCAUCGAGAUGGGUCCCACAUCCUCGCACGGGGAUAUACUACCCAACGGGUCAUGAGCGGGUCAUGGACGAUGUUCCAGACGGUGCGGCAUCGUUUGUUGAGAGUCAUUGGCUGAGGAACACCGAUGGAGUUGAUCAGAAACCAGAAGCUGAUGUUUUGUUUCCGUGCAACCCUGUGACUCUUACGAAAACCUAGCAUAUUGGCAUUUGCGCAUGUCUUAAUAUUUACGUGGUUUUCCACCUACGCUUUACUUUGUGUUGGUAAUAACAGGGGUGGCCCUUAUCUGGGGCCCUAAAUUGAUCAUAAAUAAUAAAGAUAUGGGGUGGUGUUUUUACUCUUCA